CGUACUUGACGUUAGCUACGAUAGGAAGCUAGCUAGCAGCAGGCGAGAAGUUUUCUGCUUGUACUUUGUUAAAGUCGAGGAACGGUAGCCGUGAAACAUGGGAGACCAAGUGAAAUAGCGGGUGGCGGAUUUUUUCGGUAAUACAGCCAAUAGAAUACCUGCAAUGUUUGAUUGACGUAACUCACAGCCAAUAGCAGCCCCACAACAAAUAUGACGACUCCCCUCCCGGUGUUCCCUUCAGCGGGCGUCUCUUUCCGGCGCAGUACGCUGGGAUGCUGAUGCUGAAGAGCCUCGGUGAUUUGUAGCAUCAUUUUUUUAGAUAUCAGUGUUUUUCGACAUGUAUUGUCUGAAGUUGCACCACUGCGUUGACCUCUGUCUGGGCGGCCUGCUCUUGUUUUUAGCGGGGCUGCAGCAGGUGGAGGCAGCCGCCGCCGCCACGGAGAUGGUCAACUUGAACUGGAAGCCGUUCAUCUACGGAGGGAUGGCCUCGAUUGUCGCAGAAUUCGGGACGUUUCCCAUUGACCUGACAAAGACCCGGCUACAGGUCCAGGGUCAGUCCCAGUACACUGAGGUGCGCUACCGAGGCAUGUUCCACGCCUUCUUCAGGAUCGGCAAGGAGGAGGGAAUCCGGGCGCUCUACUCUGGCAUUUCUCCGGCUCUUUUGAGGCAAGCUUCUUACGGAACAAUCAAGAUAGGAACUUACAACUCUCUGAAGAGGCUGUUUGUCAGUCAUCCAGAAGAUGAGACCAUGGUCAUCAACGUCUUCUGCGGUGUUGUGUCUGGAGUCCUGUCCUCAUCUCUGGCCAACCCCACAGAUGUGCUAAAGAUCAGAAUGCAGGCACAGGGCAGCCUGCUCCAAGGCAGCAUGAUGUCCAACUUCAUCAACAUCUACCAGACGGAGGGAACCAAGGGGCUAUGGAGAGGCGUCAUCCCCACAGCACAGCGAGCAGCCAUAGUCGUCGGGGUUGAACUUCCUGUCUACGACAUCACAAAGAAGCACCUGCUUCGCUCUGGCAUGAUGGGAGACACCAUUUUGACACAUUUCAUUUCAAGUUUUACGUGUGGCCUGGCGGGGGCGCUGGCUUCCAAUCCUGUGGAUGUAGUCCGGACUCGUAUGAUGAACCAGCGGGUUCUGUCUGGGGGCCCCAUGUACAAGGGGACACUGGACGGAGUAAUGCAGACUUGGAAGAACGAGGGCUUCUUUGCUCUCUAUAAGGGAUUUUGGCCCAACUGGCUGCGACUGGGACCUUGGAACAUUAUUUUCUUCAUCACCUUCGAGCAGCUGAAGAAGCUCCCGUUUUAACGCCAGCAGGAAGCGAGACUGCACUUGUCUGCUGGACUGUGUCAGAGAUAAGUGGAGUGUGAGUUCGGCAGCACCUGGAGUUUUGGCACCAAUAUAUUCACACUCCCCUCAAAUCGAUACCAGAUACAACACCGCAUCACUCACCCGUAUAUAUUCAAAUCUUAUGCUGACUUCUGGUUUGUAAGUGUUCUAUUUAUUGUCACUGGUUUUAUUUUAACACAUUUUGAGGACUGUUGACUGAUGAUAACUCUCACCCUCAACCACCUUCGACACUCCCCGGGCAGCUAAACGUGUUGUCAUCUUAAAAAAAAAGAAAAAAAGAAAAAAAAAAAAGGAAUGACAGCUUUGGAGAGCUGGUGAGAAAGUCUGAAGAGGGAUGACACUUCUCAUUACUUGCUCAGGAUUUCUACACAAAUCUUGAAAAUAUAUUUAUUACGUAAGAGUAGGAACUGCAGAAUGCCAGUUCAGACGUGUGCAUGUCUACUUAGUUUUUGGAGGAAGGGAAAUUAAGAAAAUGAUGUGUAGGAGAAAAAAAAGGGACGGACACUGCAUGGUGUGUGGUAGCAACUGAUCAUUCAAAGGUGCAAAUUAAAAGUUGACUGUUACAGACAGUUACUGUACUGAAUGAGAAACAUUUCAGACAGACGGAGAGGAAGGAGUCAUCCUCAGUGACUUGAUACGUUGUGAUGGCUCUGAUGUGUCUAUGAUUCAAGUGGAUCAGGUAGAUGAACUAAAAAAAAAAUCAGUUGAUUAUUUAUAUUUGUUUGGAAAAGGCAGUUUCUAGAGACAUAAAUUAUGAACAUCUUGAAGAAUCACUGAAGUUUCACAAUCAGAAAUCUGAACCAAAGCAUCUAGUGAGAAAAAGGAGACGCGUUUUCUCUUUGUUUCUUAAGAAACACUUCAAAGCAGCCACUCCUAAAUAUUUUUUGUGUCUUUUUUGUCGCCAUAGAGUUGUGUUCUUUGUUUCAUUCAACUCCACCUUGAAUCAGUAUUAGGACGUUGCAGGUACUGCUGCCAUAAUGUCAUUAAUCACAAAGAAAGUCAUGCAGCACAUAACGUAAAUGGCUGUACAACAUUCAUUCAUAGAGGUGGAUGUAUUUUAUCUUAGGCAUGUCCAUGUCAGAUGUCUUUUUGUGCUACAUUCCCUAUUGUGUCCUUCCUUAAAUGCCGAAAUAUGUUUGUUUUGCUCCUCUUCAUCCUGGUAAAAAAGUUGCAUUUGUUGACGGUGCACGUGUGUGUGUGUAAAUCACAUUCUCUAAACCCAUGGCAAAAAUGCAAUGAUUCGAAACGAUUGUAUUUUACCCAACAAAAGCUGCGAAACACCUUUCCUCUCCACAGCCGUGCAGCGAGGCGACCUCAUCAUCCUUUCACAAAUGUCACAUUUUAUAUUUUUGAAUGAUUUUUGAUUUAAAAGUAGCUGUGUUUUUGUUAGGUGUUUACGUCCUGUAAGAAAUCUCUGGGUUUGUAACUAGUCAUCAUGUGGUUUUACAAAUGUUCUCUUUUAUUUAUUUAUGAAUCAAGUUUUCCGUCUUGACUCCAUCAGCCUGCUCUGUGUGCUCUUAGUUGGGGGAGAGAAAAAAAAAAAAAAACACUGCCAUGCUGCUGCCAUUUUACCCUGGAAUAAAUCAGCUAGAUCUCACAAACUGCCUUUUUAGAAAUAAAUAAAUUCCGAUGGCGAAAUUCAGUUUACAAACUGACAACGUCUUCCAGUCUAAACGCCAUCUGACUCACCAGUGCAGAGCAAACUUUCUGUGUCCAUUUCGGUGACGGCUAAAGUCUCCUCAGAAACAUCAUUUGCAUCUUUUCAUUUUUAAGUGUACUUGAUUUUUUUUUAUUUUUUUUUUGGUGGGUCUCCAGUGUAACUGACGAGUUCACAGGUCACUGGUGGAGUGCGUUCAUCUCAGAGCUUUGGACAGAGUUGGAGGUUUUUCCUUCUUUGAAUUAUGUGCAAUUUUGUUAUAGUCCUGGAUGAGCUGCACUGUCACAGCCUCACACUGUACAUCCAUAACCUGCUGUGACCCUGUGUCUCCUCCGUCCAUUUCAAAUGCCUCGUAACCAAACCGUGUACUCUUCUUCUGUUUGCACAUCUGUUCUGUUCCACAAAUUGUGGUUGCAGUUUAUCAAAACUUGACGUUUGUUAAUUGUUUCACUACAUUUUAGUGCAGUAGUGAGGACGUGUGGUACCUCAGCAGUCGUGCUUUCUGAGCCAUUUAACCACCUGUGUUUCAUCGUCGUGGAACCGUAUCGAGCUAAAACCCCGUCUCCAUCCCUGAAACGUUUGUCGUCUUGAAGUGUGAUGGUUUGAAGUCGUUACCAGCUGAUAAAUGAGCAGUUGGUGAGUUUUUGCCCCCCCCCUCCCAAAAAUUUCAGGAUUUUAUUCAUGAACAAAAAGAUAAUAAUGCUCAUUCACGGAUCAAAUCACGUUGGAUACAUAAAUAAUAGGACGAUGCAGACAAACGCACUCCAAGACUUCCUCUUCACUUGGUACAAUACAUUGUAAGAUUUGUUUGUAUUUAUUCAAAUACUGAAAGUUUGUCCACAUUCACCUUUUUCCUAAAGAAUGUACGAUCAGGCCUGAACGCACCACCGGGCUAAACCUACUGCCUGUAACCGUCCAGCCUUUAAAGCAUCAUUGUUUCUCCUUUCUCUGAUUGUCCAGAAGUUAAACUGUGACUGUUGUUAAAAAUGAUUUUGGAACCAUUUUGCGUGUGAUUUAUUUUCAGCAUUUAAAGACUUUCAUGGGAUUAUUUGAAAGUGUUCUGCUGUUUGUUUUGCUCUCAUUUAAUCCAACUAUUUAUUUUACUCUUGUGUUCAGUGAACCUGAAGGCACCGUGGCUCGUGCUGCUUUCUCAUUCCUGCUUUGGCUUCUUUAAAAAGCAUGCACUGCUCACACUGGCAUGAUUAUCUCAAUAUUGGUGUUUUUACUUGACUGUUCUUCACAGUUUUUUGCCUGAUUAUUCAUUCCCUUCACGGGCCCCUUCCUAAAACAGGCACUUGUGUGAAAGCAUAUUUUUUGUGAGGAAAUACAAAAUUCCUUAUUUUUAUUUUAUUAUUAUAUUAUUAUUAUAUAUAUUAUUAUUCCUUUUUUCUCUCAUUUUUUUAUGUCUAAGCACGACACCCCAACUGCAGAUUUAAAAUUCACAGUCGUUGAGUCACACCUGAUAAAUUCAUGAGCGAAACCAUUUAUUUUUGUGGUUUUUUUUGAAAAAAAAAAAAAAAAAACACAACAGAAUGUUAUUUUCUGGGGAGGAACCUUUUCUGUGGCCUGGCUUUAUCAGAAACCUUAGUGAAAGUAAACGGAUUGGUCCCCACGUUGAACAAGACGACCUUUUGCUACGCGCAGCUGUGUCAGCAGCUAAUAAACAAUACUCUCUCCCAACAUUAAAAUUCUUUGUUCGACGUCGUUUUCCGUGUUUGACUUGUUGCCGAGGGUCCUUCCUCUUCCUCUGAUGGUCGCUGCUUUCAGGUGGAGCUCAUGAGGUUUGGCGUUCAAUGGGGUAAUAUCAGCGGUGAAAAUUCGCUGCUCGGCAACUGCUGGGGUCUAGAAUGCGACGUGGCGAAGCAUUAGCUUAUGACGAAGAGAAAGUUCAAGAAAAAGUUUUCACAGGUUUGUAAAAUGUUUGCUUCUCCCCACCUAUGUGUGCAACGAAAGGACUUCUUAUAGUGUAUCAUGUUCUUUUGUUCUGUCAGUGUCCACUUUACCAGCCAGUGCACAAUUUCCACGUCUCAUAUUGAACAAACUGAUUGAAUUUGACAGCGUCAUUCCUUCUGAACCCAGCAUGCAGACCUACGGUGAAUUAGUGUUCGGCGAGAAUUCCUAAACGCUCCAGUCAGUCAGAAAAAUAGACUUUCUUCUUCUGUUAAAACAUUUUUUAUUGCAUCACAAUCUCAUCUGACAAAUCCUCAAAUUUUUAGGAUAUUUUUGUAAUUUUUAUUUAUUUUUUUUUUUUUAACCAGCCCGCUGAUCGUUUGCGCUGCAGUGUCUGCCCGGCUUGUAUCACUGCUGUCUAUAAGCUUGCUUGUUGAUUUGAUGAAUUUCAAUGGAAGGUGGAGGUUUUAAGUGGCUUUCUGUUUUCAUUGACACUAUGAGUUUGGCUUUAUAAAUUCAGUGUCCACUCACAAUAAAUUAUAAACUGUGA